UCAAAGGGAAAAAGUGGUUUAGUUUCAGAGAACAAUGGAGGGUUGGGUGGGAACCACUCUGAUCCUCUGCCUUUAUGGAUUCUUUAAAGAAAUCCGUCCUUCUGAACCCUACCUUACAGAAUACCUAGUAGGGAAUAAUACAGGACUAACAGAGGAGCAGGUGUACCAAGAUGUCUACCCUAUUUGGACAUAUUCCUAUCUAGGAGUUCUUAUUCUUGUUUUUCUCUUUACAGAUCUUCUCAAGUACAAGCCCGUGAUCGUAUUUGAGGGAAUUGCGUAUAUUACAACAUGGAGUUUAUUGCUCUGGGGGAAAGGCCUUCUCUCUAUGCAGUUUAUGCAGUUUGCAUAUGGAGUUGCUACAUCGACAGAAGUUGCAUACUUCACAUACAUUUAUGCAAAGGUUUCUCCGCAUUAUUACCAACAAGUCACAAGCUUUACAAGAACUGCUCUACUUCUAGGAAGGUUCUUGUCUGGUCUUCUCUCCCAAGUUCUAAUUGCAUCCGGAGUAGUUGAUUACAGAGGUUUGAAUUAUAUAUCUCUUGCAAUGGUGUCAAUAGCUGCUGUCUCAUCUCUUCUUCUUCCAUCUGUACCAACUACUAUAUACUUCCAUAGGAAUAAAGAUGAUGGAGGGUUGGGUCUAGUAGAACCAGAAACAGUAAAUAAACCACUCAGGGAGUCUGUUAUGACUGCAUUUAGGUUAGUGGGGAAAGAUUUUGUAAAAUCCUUCUCAAAUCCAUAUAUACUGAAAUGGUCUCUUUGGUGGGCCUUGGGAACAUGUGGAAACUUCCAGGUUGGGAACUAUAUUCAGCCCCUUUGGGAGGAAGUAAUGAAGUCAAACGGAACCUCAGGGGAGCUGUACAAUGGAGCAGUGGAAGCAGCAACUACACUUACAGGAGCUGCUUUAGCUUUUAUGUUUGGAUUUUUACAUCUUAAUUGGUCGCUUAUUGGAGAGAUUACUGUUGCUAUUAUUUCAGUACUGGAUGCUGUAGUACUGUACAUGAUGGCUGAAGCUGGUAGUAUAUGGACAGCAUAUAUUGGAUAUCUGAUAUUCAGGGCACUCUAUCAGAUGAUGAUAACUGUUGCAAGCUUUGAAAUUGCGAGUCAUAUAACCCAGGAAAGUUAUGGAUUAGUUUUUGGGUUCAACACUUUUCUUGCUCUUCUCUUCCAGACUAUACUCACUGCUACAGUUGCUGACAGUGCAGGACUAGCACUGGAUAUUAGAACUCAGUUUGUUGUGUAUGCUGGAUAUUUUGCUGUUGUUGGUGUAAUAUAUUUCCUGGUUGGUUUAGCAAGCUGUUGUACUGAUGGAGUAACAAGAUAUAAAGCCGAAGGUGUUUGGAUUAAACCUGAUAGAAGAAUAAGUAACUCCAGCAGGAUUGAUCCUCCGGUGGGAAGUGUCGAGUGUCCUCAGUAAAUAAAACAAAGAAACUUUUAAUAAAUCAUAAAAAUUGAAAAACAAAUAUAUAGAAAACCGUA